UCACGGACACGAACGCACACACACAUGGACGAGUGGCCGGUAGUUAGUGUCAACUGGCAGUUUGGGGUGAACUAUUAAGACUAUACUGUAAGACGAAGUAAAGUUAGAGAGAGUAAGAAGACUAUAUGUGUAGGAGGUUUGGUCAAAAGGCGUCCAUGUCACAACUAACAUGCUUGAAGCUCUCCGGGUUGCCUGCUACACCCUCACACAUAACAGAUGGUAUUUUGGUGUAAGAGCAUCACUGGACUUCAUAUUACUUACAUCUCAGCCCUGCCUAGAAUACACACCCAGGAAGCUUAUUCAUCUACACAAGCACUUGUUAUGUACUGAGAGAACAGAAGAUUUUAUUGAUCUGAAACAAUACUUUAAGUUCAGUUCUUCUCUUCGCUCUCUCAGGAAAAAUAUGGAUGUAAGUCUCCUUCUGCCCCCAGCUAGUGUGAAAGGCAUGACUGACCUUAAUCAAGAACUAUUCCAAAAGAAAAUCGUUGUUCCUCACGUGAUUGUAAAGAACAGUAAAAUCAACAGUGCACUCAAAUGCCUUAAAAAACAUUUACUCAAGAUCGACAAAUUAAAACCUGUUAGAAGUGACGACAGUGAUCCAGAUAAGAGAGUGGUGCUCCUUAACCCAUUGUUGGUGAGGAGCUUGGAGGAUAUUGAAGAGGAUUUUGGGAACAUUUGUAAUGAAGGAGAUGCUACUUUCCUCUCUAAAGAAAUUACUCUCUCUUAUGAAAACUGGAAAGCUGAAGAUAUAUUGAAGGCUGUACUACCAGACAAUCAAGAAGGUGCUCAGAGCUACUCAAUUAUCGGACACAUCCUUCACCUUAACCUUCGUGAACAUAUGUUUCCCUACAAGGCCUUGAUCGGGCAGGUGUUUUUGGAUAAAAUUCCUAAUAUUUCUUUGGUCGUUAAUAAAACCAACAACAUUGAUUCCACUUAUAGAAAUUUCCAGAUGGAAGUUUUGGCAGGCGCUGGAGAUACUCUAGUGACUGUUAAAGAAAAUGGUUGCACUUACUCACUAGACUUUGCAAAGGUGUACUGGAACCCUCGACUCUCAACCGAGCACGAACGUAUAGUGAAGAAACUUAAACAAGGUGACGUUCUUUAUGAUGUCAUGGCGGGCAUAGGACCAUUUGCCAUUCCAGCAGGACGAAGGAAGUGUUUGGUUUGGGCGAACGACCUUAACCCCGUGUCGUACGAUGCUUUAGUCAAGAACUGUGCAACAAACAAAGUGAAGGACAGAGUCAAAUGUUAUAACCUAGAUGGACAUGAAUUCAUAAAAUCUGUGUUAAAAUCUGACCUUUUGGAAAAGUGGCAAGAUUCAGAUUUCUGUAAUGAUAUACAUAUUACAAUGAACCUCCCAGCCAUUGCAGUCGAGUUCCUUUCAGCAUUUGUGGGACUUUAUCACAAUGUUGAAGGUAUACCACACAACCCUACUUUACCAAUGGUUCAUGUUUACAUGUUUACAAGUGAUGUUGCAGAAGAUAUAGCCUUAGGUAUGGUGGCUGAACAUUUAGGUUAUCCCUGUUAUGUUGAACAGAUGUUACACAAGGGAGAUGAACCAUUGAAAGAACAUACAAUGGCCGGUGAUGAACAAGUUGAGAAUAACACCGAACAAUCUUCAAAAACUAAGUCUCAAAAUAGCUUUGGAGGUCUGCGGCAAUAUGUCCAGGAAGUAGUGAACAUACGGAAGGUUGCGCCAAACAAGAUAAUGAUGCGGGUUAGUGUGCGGCUGCCAUUAGAAGUCUUGCUGAAAGAUGCCGACACAAUUGAGGAGCCUCCAUGUAAGAAAAUAAAGGAAUUAUGAUACCACUUUGAUAUUUAUCCAUCAGUGUAGAAUUUAUGAUACAGUUGUAGAAGGUUUCAUGUUCUGAGAAUUAAAAGUGUCUUCUCUAUCUGGAGCUCUUUGUUUUAUGUCAUAAACAACAUAACUAUAUCACCAUUACUUAUUUUUAUAGAUAAAUGUAUAUAGUUUUCUCAAAUAAUAGUGAACCAGACCU